AUAGCCAUGUAUAAAUAUUGUUAAUGUGGGAUUUGUGUAUUGAUAGUGUUUAAAUGAAAUUUGUGUCUUGAUUGUAUUGCAUGCUGAUUGCAUCAUCCAGAGUGUACUAUAGUCUGGAAAGAGUUAAUUACUAAGAAGCUGUGAUGACCUUGAUGUGGCUGGAACUGGGGAGAGUUCAGACACAAGUGUGUGCAUUGCUGAUUGCUUCAGUUCUGUUCUGAGUUGAGUUCUGUCUGCCUAGAGUGAGAGUCAAGUCCUGUGUUCGUCUGCAAGUCUGUUUGUCUUGAUUAUUACUGCUUACAGUAAAACUUGUAUAUAGUUUUACCAAAGUCUCUGGAUGUCACUUCAUUCUGUGUUCCACUGAUUCUACCCAACUACUGCUGCGCUGCAAAUACUCUGACAAAUAUGUGAUGGGCAGUCAUAGGGAUGAGGGAGCAAGCUUGUUUUCUGCUACCCUGGAGACUAGGAUGCAGAACAAUGGCUUCAGAUUCCAUCUGAACAUUAGGAAAAACUUCCUAAUUUCCUAACAGAGCUGUUCAACAGUGGAACUCUCUGCCCCGACGUGUGGUGGAGGCUCCUUUUUGGAGGCUUUUAAGCAGAGGCUGGAUGGCCAUCUGUCGGGGGUGGUUUGAAUGUGAUUUUCCUGUUUCUUGGCAGAAUGGGGUUGGACUAGAUGGUCUAUGGGAUCUCUUCCAACUCUAGGAUUCCAUGAUUCUAAAAUAGAAUUGUACACUUGAGACUUUCUUGCUUCCCCCUUUCGCAGGAAUGACUGUGUAAUUUAUUGCUUCCUGGAGCAGAGGAGAGAUUAAAGACAGGAGUUUUACCUAUCUCUCAACUCGGAAAUACACUAAAACAGCCAGGGCAUUGCUUUUCCUAAAAGAAAGACAUGCAGAGCAUGGUAAUAAAUUAACCUGGUCUUUAUCUUCCCAUUUUUAUUCUGUAGCCGUUGCUUGCUUGACAUCUUCAGAUGGAGAAGGGAAGAGGUUCUUCAGCCCUGAUGGAGCCCAGAGUGAAGAUGGAGGAGCCAAACCAGACCAGCCCUGAAGGGGGAAGAGAGCCCUGCACAAUGUGGGGCAGGAGAAGGGUUGGGUUCCCAGGCGGAAUGGGUCAGGAUGCCCUGGAUGAGAAAGCCUUCAGCGCAGACCUUCCAUGCCAAUGCUUUAGGCGCUUUUCCUUCCAGGAGGCCUUGGAGCCCCGAGAGGUGUGCAGCCGCCUCCACUCCCUCUGCCGUCUGUGGCUGAAACCUGAGGAACAUACAAAGGUGGAGAUGCUGGACCUGGUGCUCCUGGAGCAGUUCCUGGCCGUCCUUCCUGUGGAGAUGGAGCGCUGGGUGAGGGAAUGUGGGGCAGAGACCAGUUCCCAGGCCGUGGCUUUGGCUGAAGGAUUCCUCCUGAGUCGGGCGGAAGAAGAGCGGCUGGAGAGAGAGGUCCUUCAGGCCCAGGAGGUCCCAGUGGAGACCAGCAAGAAGUUCCCUUCUGAGUGGAUUGGACUAGAGGACAACACAGGAGAAUCUCCACUGGGAAAUGAGCCAAGGAUGCUGGGGAGAAGUAAUAGUUCAUCUCUUUGUGGUGCAGGAAAAAUGGCUUCUGUGGAACAAGAUCAGGUGACUUUUGAAGAUGUAGCUGUAACUUUCAAUGAUACUGAAUGGACUCUGCUGGACCCAGAUCAACAGGUCCUGUACAAGGAGGUCAUAAAGGAGAAUUAUCAGAUGGUGGUUUCUUUCAGUGGUGAUGGGCAGGGGAGUGAAAAUGGACACGUGCCAUAUGUUGCGUUGCUGCAAACCAACAUAUGCGAAGAGGAGGAUGAUAAAAGCAUGAGAAUAGAAGCAGAGGACGAUAGAAGGACCCCGUGCCCUGCUGACAACUCUGAAUUGCCAAUCCAAGACCUCACAAGACACCAGGAAACCCACACAGUAGAGAAACCAUAUAAAUGCCUGGAGUCUGGAAAAUGCUCUAUUGACGAGACAAGUCUUGUAAGUCAUGAAAUGAAUCAGAGAGGAGAGAAGCCCUAUCAAUGUCUGGAGUGUGGAAAGAGUUAUAGUUACAAAUCAGCCCUUAAAAAUCACCAGGAUAGACACACAGUAGAGAAACCAUACAAAUGUCUGGAUUGUGGGAAAAACUUUCAGUAUAAUGGAUACUUCACUACACACCAGAGAACUCACACUGGAGAGAAACCAUAUAAAUGCCUGCAAUGUGGGAAGAGUUUCAGCUACAAAUCAGUCCUUAAAAGUCACCACGAUAGACAUAGAGAAGAGAAACCAUACAAAUGUUUGGAUUGUGGAAAGAGCUUUCAUUGUAAUGGAUCCCUCAGUAAACACCAAAAAACCCACAUUGGAGAGAAACCAUAUAAAUGCCUACAGUGUGGAAAGAGUUUCGGCUACAAAUCAGCCCUUAAAAAUCACCAGGAUAGACAUACAAAAGGGAAACAAUACAAAUGUCUGGAUUGCGGGAAAAGCUUUUAUUUUAGUGGAUCCCUCAGUACACACCAGAAAACUCACAUGAGAGAGAAACCAUAUAAAUGCCAGCAGUGUGGGAAGGGUUUCAGCUACAAAUCAGUCCUUAAAAAACACCAGGAUAGACAUAAACAAUACAGAUGUCUGGAUUGUGGGAAAAGCUUUCAUCACAAUGAAUCCCUCAUGACACACCAGAAAAUCCAUACGGGAGAGAAGCCCUAUGAUUGCCCGGAAUGUGGGAAGGGUUUUAGCUCGAAAUCAGCACUUAAAAUCCACCAGGUUAGGUAUAAAGAAGAGAAACCAUAUAAAUGUCUGGAGUGUGGGAAAAGCUUUUAUCUUAAUGGCGCUCUCAGUACACACCAGAAAACCCACACGGGAGAGAAACCAUAUAAAUGCCUGGAGUGUGGAAAGUGCUUUACUCAAAAAAAAAGUCUCAUAGGGCAUGGGAUGAUUCACAGAGGAGAUAAACCCUAUCAAUGCCUGGAGUGUGGGAAAGGUUUCAGCUGGAAAUCGGUGCUUAAAACUUACCAGGCUAGGCAUACAGCACAGAAAUCGUACAAAUGUCUUGAUUGUGGGAAACGCUUUCAUAAUAACGGAGCUCUUAGUAGACACCAGAAAACCCACACUGGAGAGAAACCAUAUCAAUGCCUGGAAUGUGGAAAAUGCUUUACUGGGAAGGGAAGUCUCAUAGGGCAUGGGAUGAUUCACAAAGGAGAGAAGCCCUAUCAGUGCCAAAAAUGUGGGAAGAGUUUCAGGCACAAAUCGGUUCUUAAAAAUCACCAGGAUAGCCAUACAGCAGAGAAAUCCUAUAAAUGUCUGGAUUGUGGGAAAAGCUUUCAAUAUAACACAUCCCUCAGUAAACACAAAAAAACCCACACGAGGGGGAAGCCAUACAAAUGCUUGGAGUGUGGAAAGGGCUUUACUAAAAAGAGAAGUCUCAUAAAGCAUGGGAUGAAUCACAGAAGAGAGAAGCCCCAUAAAUAGCAGGAGAGUUAAUGCAGAAGAAAAAUCUUACACAUAUCAUCUUGGAGAUGGUGACUCUUCCAAUGGCAACUGCACAUUCCCUGAUGAUAACCUCUAUUGUACUUCUCCUUGUUCUGAUACUGGAGAGAUCAUCACGUUUAUUCUAUAGCUCCAUACCUACAGAAUUAUUCCUGUUCCUUCUAUGUAUUGCAUUUCUCCAGGGGUCUUAUUCUGUGUUUGCAGAGUCCUCUUCCUCAUAGAGAACUCCUUCAAGACAGUCUGCUUUGCUGAAUCCAAGGCAACCUCUUCCUCCCUAAUAUGUUGGAGUGUGGCUACUACCUGGGCCUCGAGGAGCUGGACCUUCUCUUCUAGGAGGGCAACUAUGUAACUUUCUGCAAAUAUCGUUAUCCACACUCAGUUAGUCACCUGCAACUACAGCUGUUGCAGGUGACCGCAUGAGUUCCCUCACCUUCCGUUUUAGGAGAAUUAAGAAAUCAGGCCUCGUUCUAACACUUCCCCACCAAAUGCCCACAAAAGCAUCCUGUUUUGUUUCGCCUACUCAUCUCAUCCUGGAUGCCAAGCUCCAGGAACCAAUGAUGUAGAUAGAAGGGAUUUCAAUUGGAAAUCAAGCCUUGCAAUCAAGGCCUGGGCUGUGGUGCAGGCGGGAGAGCAAGCCAGCUGCAAUUAACUGCAAUGAAUCACUCUGACCAGGAGGUCAUGAGUUCGAGGCCCGCUCGGAGCCUAUGUUUGUCUUGUCUUUGUUCUAUGUUAAAAGGCAUUGAAUGUUUGCCUAUAUGUGUAAUGUGAUCCGCCCUGAGUCCCCUUCGGGGUGAGAAGGGCGGAAUAUAAAUACUGUAAAUAAUAAAUAAAAUCUGGGCCUCAUUCUAA